CAGCAGGCCGCGCGGCCGCCGGGCGCUGUCGUGGCGCUCCGGGGUGCGGGACGAGAGGCGGGCCCCUGGCGCGGGGACCGUGGGCAGCAGGCGGGGCCGUUCCUGCGGCCGGAGCGCAGGGAUGAGGCGCGCGGGCCUGGGUGAAGGAGCAGCUCCUGGUAACUAUGGCUAUACCAACAGUGGAUAUAGUGUGUAUGAAGAAGAAAAUGAAAAGCUAACUGAAAGCCUGCGUACAAAAGUCACUGCCAUAAAAUCACUUUCCAUUGAAAUUGGAACAGAAGUUAAACAUCAAAAUAAAAUGUUAACAGAAAUGGAUUCUGACUUUGAUUCUACUGGUGGAUUUCUGGGUGCAACUAUGGGCAGACUGAAAACGCUCUCCAGAGGGAGCCAGACAAAACUGUUAUGCUACAUGAUGAUCUUUUCCUUGUUUGUCUUUUUUGUAAUUUAUUGCAUUAUUAAAUGGAGGUGAUGAAAGUUAUUUCCAGUUUAAUAUGUGCCAUGUCAAUAACUAUAAGAUGGUCUUAAUUCAUGAAGACGGUAAUCUUAAUUGACAUAGUCUGUUGAUUAAACGUGGCAAAAUUGUUAAUUGCAUUAGAAAUUAAUGCAUUUGUUAUGUAUAUGUUACUUUACAUCAUGCCAGAAAUUUUCCCAUCAUCCCCUAUUUUCUGGGGUUACUGUAAAUAUGCACAAAGCUAAGCAUUAACAUAAGUUUCAGUAUAGUUACUCUGGGGAAAUAUUUGUUGGGUAUACAAAGAAGUGGAUGUUUCCUUUACCACUUGGCAAAAUUUCAGACUCUUUGAACUUUCUUGAAUAGGUUCCAGACUUCUAAAAGAAUCUUAAUUUAGGGCCUGAUACUGAGUGGAGCAGCAGAAUCAGACAAGUAGCAUUUUGCAGGUAACAGGAAAAUGCUUGUGCUUUUUCUGAAUUAACUUAUGAUAAUCACAAACAAUAAUAUAAAGCUACAAAUAUUGCAAUGUUAUUCAUGAUUCUUUGGUUGAAGGUUGAUAACUUUAAACAUAUUUUAGUGGUUAGAAUAAUUUUCUGCAGGUUUAACAAUAAAUCCUAAACUGGAAAAAAUUAUGAUCAAUCUUUCUUUGAGACCAGGUAAUACCAAAGCCCUUUAUUCUUCUAAACAAAUGCCUUUUAAUAGCGUGGAGAAAAUAAUAUGGGCAAGAUGCAAGCAUUUUCAUUACCUUUUCUAUUAAGUACUUGAAACUCGUUGAUUCUAUUUAAUUGCUGUGGUUUUUACUCUUCAUACAUUAAUUUGUCAAUUACUAAUGACAUCCAAACUCUAGCUAAGCAUAACUUUGAAAUGUAAAGCAAGAUGACACAAACUUUUUCAUACUUGUGUGUGUUAAGGAUGCACUUGAGAUACUUUUAUGUACAUUGGCUAAGACUUAGUUUUGGUUCCUAAGCAAAACUAUCACUUUCAAAAGCAACAUGCGAAAUACAAAUUGUUUUCUAGAGACUGAAAAUUGUCUAAAAGAAAACUAUAUGCCUUGACAAACUUUUUCUAGAGAGUGUAAUAUGUUUGCAUUACCUGUAGUUCUAUUACAAACUUAUAAAGGAAUAAAGUAUCUGAUGUAUGUUA